AUGCAUCUCGAGACUUUGAUACUUGCGUCCUCGGUCCUUCUCAAAGCGGUGGCUGCGAAUUGGAUAACGCAACAAUGGGAAGUAAUAGUUGUGGGUGCCGGUCCAGCUGGAAUCAUUGUUGCCACUCGAAUGGCAGAAGCAGGCCAGAACACUUUACUAUUGGAAGCCGGAGGACCGUCCUAUGGAAUAACGGGUGGCGAUCUGGACGGCCGACGACCAGCAAGAACCAACCUCACCAGAGUUGAUGUUCCCGGUCUCUUCAAAUCAAUCUUCGACGACGAAAAUGGGCUGGUCUGCAAUUUGAAUAGCUAUGGUGGAUGUACUGUGGGAGGCAGCUCAGCUAUCAAUGCUGGCGGUCAUUUUGAACCACCAGCAAGUGACUAUGAUCUAUAUUUCCCCCUCGGAUGGAAGUCUAAAGACAUGCAAAAUGCCACACGGCGCCUCUAUGCAAGGCAGCCAUCAACAAACCUCACUUCGCGAAAUGGAAUAAGAUACUUGCAAUCUGGCUAUACGGCCGCUAGGAAAUGGCUUGUAGAAGGACUAGGGUUUGAAGAUAUUGACAUUAAUGGCAAAGCUGAUAAAAAGACGGAAGUAUUUGGGCAUCCUGUUUUUGACUAUGCAGAUGGACAACGAGGAGGGCCAACAAUAACUUAUCUACCAGCGGCUUUAGAAAGGUCCAAUCUCCAACUGCAGACAGGUGUAAAGGUGAUAAGAGUUGAAAGAAAAGGAAGUCAGGUCACGGGAGUAGCAGCAUUAAUCAACGGUGUGAUGGAGUUCAUCCCAAUCUCCCCAAAAGGCCGGGUCAUCCUUAGCAGCGGCGCGUUUCAGAGUCCAAGCCUCCUCAUGUUCUCCGGAAUUGGGAACCCAAGAGUUCUCUCGCGACUCCAAUUAGCUGGCAAACUAUCACCAACACUGCGGUCUUCUCAGUGGAUCAAACUGAAUGCUGUUGGAAGGGGAUUAUUUGAUAAUCCACACGUGACGAUUGCAUUAGAGGGACCAGACAUAGAAGAUUAUACCUACUCAUACGAAUCCCCAUCGCCAAUCGAUAAAGUUUUGUAUCUGCAGAACCGCAGUGGCCCUUAUACGUUUGCUAGCGUGACGACUGUGUUCUGGGAUACGCUCACACGUCCCGAUGGCAGCGUUGCGGGGCUUCAGGGAACGAUUGACUCCUCUGGCCCUCCACGGCAAUACCUGUUCAGCGAAGAUCUCACCCCAAAACAGUACCCAAUGAUGGGACAGAAGCUCAUCAACAACGCUGUCGGCAACCGACAUACCGUCGGCAUGAAUAUACAUGGAACAUCCGGCAUGAAGUCCACCGGCAACGUCGUGCUCGGAAAAGACUUCAGUUGCGGCCCCGACUCCAACGUAUAUUAUUCCAAUCCCAAAGACGCAGAGGACAUAGCAUCAUUCAUCCAUAAAAUAUUUCGUGGUCUUUCCUCGUCUGGUCUCACACCCGUCAAUAUUCCCCAAAAUGCGACACAACCGGAAAUUCAGACAUACAUCACAACACCAUCAUAUUAUACCUCGGGAACGUCAAAUCAGUGGUCUAGCAGUUGCAGGAUUGGGUCAUGUGUGGAUGUGAAUACAACUGUGGUUGGGAUGGAAAAUCUUCAUGUCGUUGAUUCAGCAAUCAUUAUGCCGUUGUCUGUACCACCCCAGUUCGGGAUUAUGGUUGCGGCUGAGAGGGCGAGUGAUUUGAUUUUAGGGAUGAUCGAAGAGAGAAAAUGA